AUCCGUGGAAGAUGGCGUUCACGGCGCUUAUUUUUCUAUCUUUUCUUGUACGCUUUACUAUUUCGCUUAGAAAUUUGUGCCGGGCCAGGUCACAUGAAUGGUCUCGCAUCUUCACCACCAAUAACGUUCCGUAAUACCGUCAGCUACUCAUUUUUCACAUUUUCGCUUAAUUUGCUUUACGUAAUAGACCCCCAGUCGUCGCACUCUAUAUUUUAGUGCUUGUAUGGUACAUACAUACAUACAUUACGCUGAAAACUUUUUCCGCAUACUCUCCGUCUAGAGAUUUCGCACUUUCAUCUGCAGGAUACGUUAUCGCAUCCUUAAACUCACGUGAGAUGAAAGUGCGAUAAGUGAGAACUCUCGUCAAAGAUACGUAAUGGCACGUAAUGGACGCCCUCGGGUAACCGAUAGGAGGGUGUAAGUCAUCUCUUGUGCACGGCAGGUGGCGCCACGCGUGGGAGUAAGCCGCCUCGAUUAUUGGCAGAGGGCAGCAAGGGAUGGCGAUUGGGAAUGUCGUCCCGUCGACGUUCUCGUAACUCGCGUCUGCUGCGUAAUGGAUACAUGUGCGUCUAUCACACAGUAGUAAAGGGGUUGAGACAAAGUGGUAACGUUGACGUAACGUCACCAUACGACAGACGGGCGAGCGCGUGUACGGUGCCUUGCGUGGGAGUUGAGUGUCCAGAGAUACAGCUCGAGCGUGGCGCGUGCGACUCGGUGAGUUGCGUCGCGUAAGUAGCACGUUAAAUGUGUCGUAUCGCUGUCAAGCUCCCUUAUCGCAACCCUCCGCUUCUAGUUUAAAACGUGUGCCUUUUAUCAACAUCGCACGCGACCGUUCGUACGAAGAUCGGUGUACAAAAGGGGGAAGCGCAUGUACAGACUGGUGCAGGUGCCCGUUGCAGCGCGCAGCAAGACCCCGCACCUGCCCGAUUCGGGACAAGUUUGGAAGACGUCCAACCGGGCCGCGACCGCGCUUUAGGUUAGGUAAGUGGGUUCGGUUUUUUUUCAAUCACUCGCUCCUCACCUCACCGUCCUCGAUUUCUUCCACCUUCUUCGCUUUGCCAGCUUAAAUCGGGACCUCGCGUGAAUAACGGAUUUUGGAUGAAGGUGCUUACAAGAUUUUCAGUAUUAACAGAUUUGCCAGGAUGGCGAGCGGAAUGCCCAGCGGAAAGAUGAGGCGAAUUCUUCUCUUCCUAGUCCUGUUAACUGGUGUUCUUCUUAUCGCCAUGUACACCCACGCACCACCGCUUGCAUCGCUUCAACCGUUUGCCACUCGUCGGACUUUCCAAACUCCAUGGUCUUGGACGUGUGUGUCUGGGCGUUGUGAAAGGAGAGCAGUCAGAUCGUCAAGAACAUCUUUGGCGACUUGUACGGCCUUAUGUGGAGGUAACACCCGACUAAUCUGGCCCAGACCUACAGGCACGGUGAUUCUUGGCGAAGACAGUGUAAUGCUGCAUAUGCAUCAGAUCGCUUUCGUUACGGUCAACACCAGCGACCAAGAAGUGAAGAACUUGCUGGAGCACGCGAAGGAUGUCUUUCUGGGCAAUGUCAGAACGUUGAUCAAGGCUUUAAAAUCGAAAGGAAGGUCGAGCAUCAAUAGUUUUAUUAUCUACUUGAGCGCGACUGAUGCCCAAGGCACAAAACUGACGCUAGAUACCGACGAAUCCUACAAAUUGGAGGUAAUAUUAAAGGAUAAGGUUUUGGAAGCCAGGAUUAGUGGAAAAAGCUAUUGCGGGGUGAGACACGGACUGGAGACUCUCAGUCAAAUGAUCUGGUGGGAUGAAACCGCUGGGAGACAGGGUAUCCUUCGCGUGAUCUCGCAGGCCUUCAUCGAAGACAAACCAAUGUUUCCGUAUCGUGGAUUGCUCGUGGACACUGGUAGGCAAUUUUUCCCCAUUGACCAUCUGAAGAGGGUAAUCGACGGUAUGGCGGCAUCAAAAUUGAAUACCUUCCACUGGCACCUCACCGACUCCCAAAGUUUUCCCUUCGAUUCAGCUCAGUUUCCAGAAAUGGCAAGAUGGGGAGCUUAUAGCGGUGACGAAGUAUAUACACCUGAAGACAUUAAGGAUAUCGCGGACUAUGCUAGAAUCAGAGGCGUCAGGGUUCUUAUGGAAAUAGAUUCUCCUGCUCAUGCCGGUGCUGGUUGGCAAUGGGGAAGCCAUCACGGUCUCGGCGAACUUGCCUUAUGCGUAGAUCAACAGCCGUGGUCUUCAUACUGUGGCGAACCAAAUUGCGGCCAACUAAAUCCAAUAAAUGAGCACACAUACCGAAUUCUAGAGGGUUUAUAUAAGGAGCUUUUAGAUCUUACCGAGGUAAGAGAUAUAAUUCAUCUAGGCGGAGACGAAGUCAAUCUCGAUUGCUGGGCCCAAUACUCCAACAUAACUGCAGCAAUGCAAGCCCAAAAUAUGACCGAUCAUCAUGCUUUAUGGGCCGAAUUUGAAAACAAGAUUUAUCAGCGAAUCGUUAAGAUGAAUUACAAUGAAGUUCCGAAAGCUGUGAUCCUAUGGAGUUCUCCGCUUACGAAGAGACCAUACAUCACAACAUACUUCGACCCAAAAGUGCACGUGAUUCAAUCUUGGGGAGGCAGCAAUUGGCCGGAAACCCCGGAUUUGUUGGAAGAUGGCUAUCGGGUGAUUCUCUCUCACGUUGACGCAUGGUAUUUGGAUUGUGGAUUUGGCAGGUGGAGGGAAUCGGGCGAAGCCGCAUGCGGUGAAUAUCGAACAUGGCAAACCGUUUAUAAUCACAGACCUUGGAGGGAUUAUCCUCAGCAACAACUGGGUCUUGUUCUUGGAGGUGAAGCUGCUAUUUGGAGUGAACAGACUGGGCAGAUGUCUCUGGGAUCUCGACUAUGGCCCCGAGCUUCCGCUCUCGCCGAAAGAUUAUGGAGUGACAUGCCAACGAAUGGUUAUUCCACUGAGGAAAGUGUUUACACGAGAUUGGCUGCUCAUACUCAGAUUCUUUCAAACAGAGGCUUGAAAACGGAAGCCAUGUGGCCUCAAUGGUGUUCACAAAAUCCAGGGAAAUGUCUUUGACGGACCAAAAUUUGAACUGCGAGCCAGAACGACAAUAUAGUUACUAGUACCAUCACGGUUGCAAUUACCACAAUACGGAGACAUUAGUUCCAUCUGCAAGGACCUCUGUUUUAAGGGGGUCGCUUGAGUAUUAGGCAAUUAAUUGAACUCGAAUUUGAAGUAACGUUCCGAGGAGUCCUAUUGGAUUUCUUUUAAACAAGAAGCGAUACUCCUUGAUAGUACUCCUUAGGUUUUAAAAGACAUUGUUGCAGAACAAUCGAUAGAAACGGUUCUAGAGGUAACAUUUUUGUGCAGUGUCGGUGGAAGUAGAAUGUUAAGUUUCUUUUUAAUAGAUAAUUUUAUAUAUGAAGUUGAAAUUAGAUGUCUGUGCUUGGUAAAAGCACGCAGAUUGUAUUGCUUAUGGGGUCGGGAUUCUACGCUUAUUAAGCUUCGAGAAAUGAACUUUUUGAUCGUGGUAUAAACGAGGAUAUUUCAAUGAGUAACAACAAAUAAAAUAUUUUUAGGUAUUUGUCGUUUAGUUACAAUACAAAUUAGAUGUCAUUUUUCUACAUAAUUAUUCGCUUCUUCGAUACACUUCUCGCAUCGUUACCUUGACUUCUUUAAUGCACUGGAAAGAAAUGGUAUUGUAUAUGCCUCCAGCCAGGAAUGCAUCGGUUCUUACCCCGCCUGGCCCUGUAACUCUUAACAUCGUCCGGCAUCCUCCAUAAUACAGUCCUGAUAUUGCUCCCUCUGACUAUUUUACGUUUAGAUCCCUGAAGAACUUUUUGAGAGGACGAUGAUUUGGGAAUAAAUAUAGGAGUUGAUGAGACGGCAUGAGAAAUGUAUUAAAAUGAAGGAUGAUUGUGUAGAAAAACGACACAUCAUUUGUGACCCUAUGUGACACAGGUAUCUAAAAAUAUUUAAUUUGCUGCUACUUUUUGAAACACCCUUGUAUAUCUUGUUACGAGAUUACAUUACGAUUUUUCUUAUUUUAUUCAUCAAACGGAUAGAAUAUUCAAUGCGUGCAUUUUUGAUAGUGCCUCAGUACAAAAUGCGUGCAUGAUAAGAGAUAGACAUCCGAAAUUAAUUUAUUCGUUGAGCUCACAGUCAUGUAUUAUCAAAUUGAAAAACGUUUACGCUUAUUAAGCUUAGGUAAAUGGACUUUCCGCCCAAAUUGUAUUUCAUCCAAAGUACGUACUUUUCAUGCGUUUUUCUAUAUCCGUAAAACGUGUGGAAUAAAUUUUAAUAGGAAUCUAUAAUAAGUUUGCUGCCGUCUUGUUUGAUCUGUCGUGAGGUUCAUGCAGCGAAUCGCCUGCAAAUCGCUGUUAAAGCAUUUAAAAAACGGACUGUCAAUUCUUAGUAUGCACUGAACAAAGUCGGUUGAAAGUUAAUUUUACUCUGCUGUAACAAAUUGUCACUGUUGCAUUUAUGCCCAAGUAAUGAGUUUUUAUUUUUAGUACCAUAAAGUGCUAGCAUAUUUUGAUAAUUGAGAUCCGAUAUCGAUUUCCUUUUUGCAUGUAUUAUAAUUUCGUUAUUAAUAACAUCUGAUUUUAUUAGAAUUUGUACGUUUCGUACACUUUCUUUGCUUCAGAAAUAUUUAUAAACACUCAUAGUGAGCAUUCUGCCCGCUACGAUGUUAAGGCUGGAGCCCCUGGAUAGGAAGCCACGUCUCUCGGUAACUUGUGCUAUCAACUCUUUUGUUUACGCGUUAUUUUAACCGGAGAAAGACAUCCAAUUCUCUUAUAUAUUCCGAGUACGCACGGCCUUUCUCUCUAUCCACGAGGAAUAAAAUACAGUGAGAAUCUCAAUGAAGGGGAACCGUAGAUAUUCCGAUCCAGGAUAUUAAGCCUCAUUCCGACAUGAUUUCGCUCCUGAGCAAUGAAUGAGAAUAUCCGAUAAAUGAUUCAAUGUUAUUAACGUGAGUACAACGUGCUAGUUACAUCCGUGAAGCAUGCAUAUCGUAUAUGUAAUACUCCGGUGAUCCUAGUCCAGCUUGAGAACGAACGAGACUUCAUUGUAAUGGGAAGGCCUAAUCUUUUCGAUUUAUAAAUAUUUUGUAAAUAUUUAUAUGAGUUAAGCUUGAACUAUACAGUUAUUCAUCCGAUCGUGAGAAACCAAUUAUCAUUUGUUUUUUGUACAGUAGAUGAAAAAAAAAAAACAUACAUCGUCCUAUGACAAUUACUUAGUAUAGACAUCAGAAACAGACCCCCGAGAACGAAGACGCGUGCGUAAAGAAGUUCAUACACUUAUUUCACCGAUUUGAUGAGAUCGCCGCAAAAGCUCGACUAACGAUAGAAGUAUUACAUACAUAUACAUAUGUACUUAACACUUUUGAAACUUGCAAUAGCGAUUUUUUCUCCGCACGAAAGGAAAAUGUCUUAUCGUACAAAUGCACGCAAUGAAUUUCUGAGCGCUCGUUAUACCGGGAAAUGCGUGCAAUUUUAAAUAAACACUAAAUGAAAUUUAACAUCGAACUUAACACAUCACGGACUAAAUAUCUUAUGACCAGGUUGAAAGUGAAUAAUAUCAAUGACGAAUUUACUCAUCGUCCGUUUUCAAUGUGUUAACGCUUACUAUUUAUCGGGUAUUUAUAUAAGUAACUUAACAACAUUCGCGAUUGUAACGGCAGAUAUCAGUUUGAACGGUUCAUUUCUAAAGAAACGUCCAAAGUUAAACUCGAUUUAAGAGCUUAAUAUCCGUAGAUUGUGGGAUCCAGAAUCAAGAUUUGUCGCAAUCACUGGGAUGACGAUAAGUUUUCAAUUAAUUACGACGCGGAGCGAGAGAACACUCGUUAGGUUGUAGUGACGGAAUUUCAUGGUUUCAUAAUGGCCAUAGUACUAGCGAUUCAUAUUAUUAGAGUACAAGAAUCUUGUAUAAAACUAGUGUAUAGUUACCGCGUGUAUUUGUACAUACGUGUAUGUUUUGCAAGGCGUGUGAUACGAUUUAAGCCAUAGCCGCAGGACAACACGAAAUCUGGGGUGUGAGUGACCUGGAUCGAAGUUUAGAGGAUCGUAAUGUGGGCUUUGGUUGAGCUGAAUCUUCGGUCAAGAGAUUGCACGUUCUUGUGUUUCCUCUAGCCAUACACUGAGCGGAAAAUUCACUUCUUAGAAAGAAAAACGUUCUUGUGGCGAGUAGAUGUCUACUUGUAGCUAUCGAGAGAAUAAAUCACAAGAUUGUGUGAACGAUCCGAGAUUAAUACAAAUUUGAAGCUAUGCUCGGUUUUCUUGAACUUAGCUUCUCCUAGGGCUCUUCGUUACUAUUCCAUUUUUUGUACAUAAACGUCCUGGAACGAAAAGUUGAUCGUUCAGAGAACGAAAUAUAUUGAAAGAGUUAAUAGCAUUACCGUACUAAGCUAGAAUUCAACGAACUCGCGGUAUGUGUAAUCAGUUCCUCGUAAAAUUCUCGACUUCAAGCUAUAUUUUUUACCGGAAAUCGCUGAAUUAAAUAUAUCUUAUACAAAUAAUGAUUUAACUUCCAUUGUAACUUUUAAUCUUGAAAGGAGUUUUGUACGUGAAAUUUCGUUCGCAAAAUCAUUUCCACUUGAUACUAAUUCAUUAUUUAGCUCACAACGCUUAUGAUUCUUACAAAAUCAAUUUUGUUGUAACUAAGGAAUGUCUUUAACGAGAAGCAUUUAAAUUAUCGCAAUUAUUUAAUUUAAUAUAAGGAAGUAAUUUUUUCGCUCGGUGUAUUAGUUGGUUUAAAUUCAAUUGCUUCCAGACUGCACUGAUUAAUGAUAUGUGUACAUACCUUAUAGGAAAAACUCCACAAACAUGGAAGCUUUAUUAAUGUAGAUAAGCUUAUAUUUAAGUUUAUUAUGAAUCAAGAGCGUUACCAGUGAGGCCACAAAAUGUUAAUUUUUAUUAUUUUUUUUUUUUUUAAUAUACCUUGAUGAAGUAAUAUUAAAUUAUAUGAAAGUAAAAUUGUAUUCAUUAUGAAUCUAGUCUUGAAACUCAUCUGAACGUAAUUGAAUUUUAAUGCCAAUGUAACAAAAAAUCUUGAAAGUGAUCGCUUAAUAUAUGACCACAAGCAUUAUUUACAGAAACUAGCCAAGUUGCUUUUCAAGGAGACAUGAAAUCUUUUUGAUGAAUGACGUUUUAAAUACCAAUUAUUCAAAUUGUUUUAUUGGCUUUUACACUUAAAUAUUAAAAAUAAUUUUCAAUAAUUUCUUUCAUAAGUCAUAUUUUUACCGAUCAACUUUAUACGCAUAAUUUCAUUAUCAAUUUUAUGUCUUUACGAUCAUUACGAACACUAUUGCAGAGUUUAUUAACGCUAAAAACAAUCUGUUAGCCACUAAAUGGGAUUAAACGCUGGGAUACGCUUGUUUCAAAAAGAAUGUCUGCAAAAGUGAAAAACUUCUAGCGCUUAUAUGUAUAAAAAUGAACUUCUCCAACAAAAAAAUUAGUUUCGUAUUGCUGAUAGAAAUGUUAAAAAUAAUGAAUUCAAUUGUAGCAACAGGUAUAACCCCUGGAGUAAUGUAUAAGAAGUUGACUGGGCUGUGUACGAAGUUUACCGGUCAAUUUGUUUUUGAGUGAUCCUGCACGCUAAGUUGAAGAAUGUAGUUCCGAGAAAAACCCGUUUGAUAGUGGCCUUGGUGCUAUUUUUUUUUUUUUUUAUUACAAAUUGAAACAAAUAACAAAACGUUGCAAUUUCGGUAGCAUUCAUUUUAUAACUGAGGAACUCUGAUGUGCGUUAAAACGGAUAUCUUCCCCUUUUGUAAAGACAACGGCCACGUCUAUCACAAAUAAUAAUCUGACGUGUCUCACUAAAUGGUCUGUAAUUUAACUCUACGUCAUUAUUUCGAUCUUAAAAUUGUACGUGCAUACAUCAGAGAUGUACUUUCGAUUCAUAGAAACGAAAUCGUUUUUUUUUUAUUUAUUUUAAUGUUACACCAGAAUGCCCUUCAAUAAUCGGUACAAAAUCAUUUGUUUCAACUUAUUAGUUAGUGAUUUUAAAAUGGUUGUUUGUAAAGUUAGAAUAUUUGUAAUAAAUCAUCGAUUCUUGUUAAUUUCCAUUCGCUUCAGAACACACUAUUGUACUUUAAUUAUACAUUUGCAUCAUGGAGAAAAUAUAUCGAAGAUGUAAUAAGUUU